AUGGUGCGCAUCAAACAUCGCUACAUCCUCUUCGACAUCCUCUAUCCUUCCACCACCACCACCACCACCACUAGCCCGUCCACACUAUCGACUCCCCAACCACCCUCGUUCAUACUCUUCUCACACCCGAGCCCGAGCCACAUCAGUGCACAACUUCUCCUAGCCAACGUCCGGUCGAGUAUCCAGUCCGUGUUCGGAGACCAUGGCCUCUCGGUCACCCAGCCGUCUCUACGUAUAGUCUACUUUAGCCCGAGUACGAGCACAGUGAUCCUGCGUGUUCCUCGCGCGCAUUACGGUCUUGUCUGGGCAAGCCUCACCUUUAUGGACACACUACCCGGUCCACAGAGAGGCUCUCCCGCUGUCCGCUGCGUCACUCGCGUGGUCCGAGUGAGCGGUACCAUAAGAAAAAGCGAAGAGGAGGUUCUCCGUCGAGCGCGCAGAGACAUUGUGCGCGCGAAACGAGAAGGCAGGGAGGAUGAAGACGGAGAGAAUAUACUAGGAGGCCUUCUGGAUCAAAACAAUGGGAAAGGAUCAGCUCAGCUUCCCAGCCUCAGGGCUCGAGAGGAAGAAGAGGGCAUAGUAGACUUGGACGACGAAGAUGAUCUGGAAGACAUCUCUGAUUGA